CUGCAGAAUGCUUACCAUACCAUUACCAAGUAUCUUGAGAAUUAAGGGGUGCCUUCAAGCUUUAAACAGAUAUAUAAACUUUUAUUCCACAUGUUAUCGUCUCCAUUACCCAAAAAUGGAUACUGAUAAUGUGGUAAGUGGUAACCUUUUGUGGUGACUCUUCAAUCAUGUCACAAUCAUGGCAGUGCCUCACGCGGCCUCUACCCUGUAAAAUAACUUUCCACAAUAAACAAUGCAAAGAAAUUUCAUUCUCAAAAUAUUUGCUGAAUGAGCUAGUGCUACCAUGGAACAGUCUUCAAAACUUCAUUAUAAAAGGGCAAUACUAGUGUAGAUGUGUCAUUAUGAGCCACAAGAAAGAUUGGAUAGUAACCAAUUAUUAACACCAUGGCUUCUAUCUUCUCUCUAUCAAGCUUGUCCCUCACCGAUUUUUCCGCACCUCUUGCCAUUUCUAUCUGUUCCUCAACUUCCACGUUCCCAUGCCACCCCACCAAACGUAGCAAACCAAAACGCCGUCACGUUUCCAAAGUGUCGUGCCAAAACAAGCCAACACCAAACUCUAAAGAAGGAGAACCAUCACACAACAACAACAUUGUAGGAAAACAUAGGAGAGACGUUCUCAUUGGGUUUGGAGGACUCUACGGUGCUUCUACCCUUAGCAACAACCACGACCCUUUAGCCAUCGCUUCACCUAUUCUCCCACCAGAUUUUCAAACUUGUGGUCUACCAACUGAUUUACCAGAAACUGCAGGACCCUUGAAUUGUUGCCCACCAAAUUCUUCCAAGAUCAUAGAUUUCAAGUUCCCUCCCCCUAGAACACCCCUUAGGGUUAGACCAGCUGCUCAUUUGGUCAACGGUUCCUACCUAGAAAAAUAUAAAAAAGCCCUUAAGCUCAUGAAAGCCCUUCCUUCCGAUGACCCUAGAAGUUUCACCCAACAAGCUAAAAUUCACUGUGCUUACUGUGAUGGUGCCUAUAAACAAGUAGAUUUCCCUGACUUACAACUCCAAGUCCACUUUUCCUGGCUAUUCUUCCCUUUCCACCGUUGGUACAUUUAUUUCUACGAGAGAAUCUUGGGGAGCUUGAUCAAUGAUCCAACCUUUGCUCUUCCAUUUUGGAACUGGGACAACUCUAAUGGUGGCAUGACAAUCCCUUCCAUCUACACAGAUCCAAACUCCCCUCUUUACGACCCUCUCAGGAAUCUUAGCCACCAGCCACCAACUCUCAUAGACCUUAACUAUAACAAAAACGACGAUGAAGACACCAGUGCGAGUGACCUAAUCAAAAGCAACUUCAGUAUAAUGUAUACUAAUGUUGUCUCUGGUGCAAAACUCCCAUCGCUCUUCCUUGGAGGCCCUUACCGUGCCGGAGAUGAAAGCACACCUGGUGCUGGGACUCUAGAGAAGGUUCCACAUACUUCUGUGCACCUUUGGACUGGUGAUAAGAGACAACCUAAGCGUGAGAACAUGGGGAUAUUCUACGCCACUGGAAGAGACCCCGUUUUCUAUUCUCACCAUGCCAACGUGGAUAGAAUGUGGAACAUAUGGAAAACAAUACCAGGUGGAAAAAGAAGGGAUUUCACGGACUCUGAUUGGUUAGACUCCGGCUUUCUCUUCUACGAUGAAAACAAGAAUCUUGUACGUGUGAAGGUCAAAGAUUCCCUUGACACCAAAAAGUUGGGGUAUGUUUACCAAGAUGUUGACAUUCCAUGGCUCAAGAAUAAACCUAAACCCAGAAGACCUAAAGGUAAGAAGGUGGCAGUGGCACAAAAUUUUGGCAUCGGUGUAGCACAGGCUGCUGAAACUACGUCAAAGAGUGUCCAGUUUCCACUGGCUUUGAACUCAAAGGUGAGUACCAUUGUUAAAAGGCCAAAGCUGUCGAGGAGCACCAAGGAGAAGGAAGAAGAGGAAGAAGUGUUGGUGGUUGAUGGGAUUGAGUUUGAUCGUGAUGAGGCUGUGAAGUUUGAUGUGUUUGUCAAUGAUGAAGAUGACAAGGUGGUAGGACCGAACAAUACAGAGUUUGCGGGAAGCUUUGUGAGCUUGCCUCAUUCACAUGGGAACAUGAACAAGAAGACCAAAACUUGCUUGAGAUUGGCAUUGACGGAUUUGCUAGAAGAAUUGGAAGCUGAAGAUGACGAUAGUAUUGUGGUGACGUUGGUGCCAAAAUAUGGAAAAGGAAUUGUCAUUAAGGACAUAAAGAUUGAGUUUGCAAGUGAAUAAGAAAUAUGUCAGGACGAUUAUAAGCAACUCUCCUUGCCAGCGUAAAAUUAGUGUGUGAAUUGCUUAAAAUUUAUAAAAAUUGACUAUAUAAGUACUUAUUCCUAAGAAAAAGAAGAUGUGGCAAGUGAGGUUGCUUAUAAGCAACCCACGUGUGUUUCCUGUUUACAAUGUUUAACUGAAUUGAAAUUUUAUAUUAUGACAGCAAUUUUAGAGCACAAAUCAUGAUUUAUUAAUUGAUUUUA